AUGGCAUCUCAAGAAACGGCGGUGACAAGGCGCAUGCAAAGCGUCAAGCACAUAAUCCUCGUCUUAGCAGGCAAAGGAGGAGUCGGCAAAUCAUCGGUCUCGACGCAGCUCGCACUGAACCUCUACGUCUCUUCCCCAACCGCAAAGGUCGGCAUCCUAGAUGUUGACCUUACAGGACCCUCGAUCCCUCGAAUGUUCGGUGUAGACGACAAGGGUGUCCACCAAAGCACGGCCGGAUGGGUCCCUGUGUAUGCGGAUGGAUCAACGGCAAGGAUGGCGUGCAUGAGCGUCGGCUUCCUACUCAAAAACAAGGGAGACUCAGUGGUCUGGAGGGGUCCGAAGAAAAAUGGGAUGAUACGACAAUUUCUGAGUGACGUACGAUGGGGAGAGCUUGACUAUCUUGUGAUCGACACACCUCCAGGCACUUCAGAUGAACAUCUCUCGCUCAUGGAACACCUCGCGGGCGUACAUGCGCGCCUCUCUGCCGUCAUCGUGACCACACCACAGGCGGUGGCCCUUAUGGAUGCGAUGAAAUGCCUCUCGUUUACGCGUGCCGUGAACCUUCCUGUGCUUGGGCUGAUCGAGAACAUGAGUGGCUACGUUUGCCCAUGUUGUGGGGAAGUCAAUAACGUAUUCUCGACGGGAGGUGGGGCGGAAAUGGCACUAAAGGAAGAGUUACGGUUUCUUGGAAGUCUGCCGGUGGACACCGAGCUUGUUUCGGUGCUGGAUGGAGGCCAGGCGGUCGAGGGUUCUGAUGGAGGAUUUGGACUGCUGGAACGAUACAAGCUGACACCGUCUGCAAAGCUAUUCGCGACGAUUGUGAGCGGGGUGCUCGGGAGCCUAGAGUAG